AUGGAAAUUGACAAAGAUGGAAAGAAGGAAAAUUCAAUACGGAGUAGACAUAUUUCAAAAUUACACGAGAGAGUGCAAACGAAGUAUUGUGAAAUGCAGAAGAAGUUAGAAAAAGCAAAGUCUGCAGAUCUUUUAGCAUGUGUUAAAGAUGACCAUAACACAAAACUAGCCCCACUAAAUGCAAAUUUAUUGCAAGAGGAUAAAAGUCAUAAUUUUAUGGCAACGCAGAAGACUGUUAAAUUAGAUGAUGCUAGAGGUAAUGAUUCUACUUCCCGUGAAAUUGUAUAUGAGGAGGCUACUAUUAGCGGAAGAAAUAUUGUACCCAUAGUAAAUUUGACAAUAAACGAUGACAAUAAUAUACAAAACAGUGAAAACGCUUUUCUCUUUGACAUGUCAUUUAAGGGAAGUCUUGAAUCACUAGCCGAAGUUAAAGAUGACGCCUUAAGCGAUGACUCAAUAGAACCCUCGUCCCCUGCACCAAAAUCAAUCCGAAGUCGUAUUCGCUUAAGAAUAAGAGAAGCUAGAAAGCGACGAGAGGAAAAAGAGAAGAACGAUAAAAACAAAAGAAGAAAUUCGUACAGUAAUGUUGAAAAGCUGAUUUUAUCGAAUACAACAAAGAAAGACGUCACAACAAGGGUUACUAAGAAGACUAAAAUUGCGACUGUCACCGUUGCUCUAAUAGAAGUUGCAGGGUUUAACGUACUUGAGGUAGAAAAGCCUCGAUACAUUGGCUGUCGUAUUAGAUUGGGAUCAGAAAAACGUAAAUCGAAAAUGAUUAAAACGAACGACCCAAAAGUCAUGUUUCAAGAAUUACAUAAUUUUAAUUUAUAUGAGGAUGAACAUAUAUUAGAAAUCGUUGUUUGGGACAAGGACGUUAAAGUAGGAAGACACACAAUAGAUCUGUCUAGAAUAGAAAAAGAAAAAACUAAAAAAGUGCAAGUACCCUUAGAUGACUCGGAAAUUCGAAUAUUUUAUUUACUAACAAUCAGUGGAAUUUCGGAUAUUAAUACUUUGUACAAUAUGUAUGAAAAUGAAGGAGGAGAGGCUAAAAAUUUGAGAAGAAAGUAUAAAUGGUAUCGUCUAUGCGACACAGCAGAUGUUGGUUGGUUAAACGUCAUAGUCUAUGGUGCAAAAGGCUUAACCGGAAAUGACUGUUACUGUAUCCUCUCGUUUAACAAUGAAAGGGUGUUUACAGCGACAGAUAAUAAAACUAAUGCACCAAGUUGGAUGAAAGUGUUUCAUUUCCAAGUCACUGACAUAACUUCAAUCUUAGAGAUAACAGUUUACGAUGAAAAGAAGGGCGAGGAGGUAGGAAAUAUUUCAAUACCUCUUCUGAACAUUGAGCCUGGGAAAAAAUGGUACGCAUUGAAAGAAAGCACGCAACGCGAACGUGCCAGGGGAAAUAACCCGAGAAUAUUAUUGGAAAUGGAAGUGUCUUGGAAUCUUAUCAAGGCUUCAUUGAAAGUUUUAACACCUAAAGAAGUUAAUGUAAUGGAAUCAGAGGAAAAGCUUGACAGACAUUUACUAGCUCGAAACAUAGCAAGAGGACGAGUUGUAAUGAUGUGGGUGGUUGAUGCGUUUCAGAUAAUAAAGUCAUGCUUUGAAUGGCAAUCAAGGAAAGCCAAUAUUAUAUCGCUAAUCUGUUGGUUAUUAUUUUGUUACUUUUUUAAAACCUGGAUGCUACCAUUACUAUUACUGUUGCCUUUCUUUAUUUAUCGACCUCGGGCGAAUGGUAAGAAACAAUUAACAAAAGAAGAGGAAAAUUUUCAAAAAGAAAAGGAAGAAAAGUCCCUACGUCAAAGAAUCCAAGAUUUUCAAGAAACGAUUCAAACAAUUCAAAACUUUGUUGGUAAAGUAGCAAGCCUUGGUGAAAGUAUUAAGAACUUAUACAAUUUUUCGGUGCCUUUCGUAAGUUUUCUGGCAAUUGUCCUCAUCUCCAUAAUUGCGUGUAUUAUGUUUUUGAUACCACUUCAAUACAUUUUAAUGGUGUGGGGUAUCCAUAAAUUCACAAGAAAAAUAUUGAAACCCAACAGAGUACCUCAUAGUGAAAUAUUAGAUUUGCUCUCUAGAGUUCCUGAUGAUAUCACUUUGAUUAACUGUCAAGAAAUACCACUAGAAGAGAUCUCGGAUGACAAUGAAUUUUGA